UUUUGGAAAUGUAUGUGUGCCCACGAACACGAACAAAUUCGAAAUAUCAAACGCAGUCGGCAGAUCGGCAUCGAGCGUGUUUCCACUCGACUUUCUGUAUUACACGCGAAUGUAUUUCAUGCCUCGGAAGGUGGAGCAGCUUCACGGCGCCGCUGCGUGCGGGUCCCCGCGCGCUCCUUCUCGUGCUCGCUCACGCGUUUCUCCCGCACGAACCUGCUCUUCCGCACCGGGUCCGGACCUCACCGUGAUGCCGGAAGAGAAACACUGCAAGCUGCUGCAGCCCCACAGGAGCUGUGACGGUAAAAAGAAGAAAAAAAAGAAAAGAAGGAAAGUUACUGCUUCAGCCACAGAAACUACAGAUAAACCCCAGGAUGUGUCUUCGCCCCCUGAGACCUCUGCUGUGUCUCUGCUAACCCCAAAGAGUCCGUGUCGGCCUCGGGGCCAGCUGCCCAAGCUCACAGCGUCCAGCAGAAAGAGCGGCGAACGACCCCGGAGGAGUAACCAACACCCCGAGGACUCCCCAGCCCCGCUGCAGGCGGCGCACAAAGCAAGCGGCGCUGGGCAGCUGGGCGCCCAGGCCAGGGAGAGCCUGAGGUGGGAGGGAGUGCUGGAGGACCCCCGGGCAGAGGAGAAGAGGCUGGAGCUGUACCGGGCCGACCGGCGGCGGCGUUACGUCGCACACAGAGACGCUCUGCUGUUGGAGGCGCAGGGGGCUUUGUGACAGCCUGUUCCUUAGGGGAGCAAAGAGCAAACAACAAGGAAAGAACAGAGGUCAUCGCUGCAUUUGAGCACAAGGUGAAUUAAAGGAGCAAGUGAAGGUGUCAUGUCAUUUAUUUGAGGCUUUAUUGAAUAUAUAGUUAUGCACAUUUGUUGAACUGCUCUACCAGUGGUAAAAUGUGCAAAGUUCUAAAUAAACGUAUGUCUUGCAGCUCUAUACUUGAAAGGGUUAGCGUUGAAAAAGACAAACAAUGCUUAGAAACACUUCCUCUGCUGGCCGAUAGAGGGCAGAAAAUACCUGUGUCCCCUGAGUGAAUUAUAUUCUCCAACACUAAUAAGUGAAUAAAUGCCAAAAGAGUCGA